ACCACAGAGUGCCACAUUUAAGCAGUGCUCUGAGAGAGGAAGACAUCAUUUCAACUGACAAGCAAAAUGGCUCCUUGGUUUUUUGCAAGUCAGUUGCUCCUCAUUGCAAUGUUGAGCUGGGAUGUCUAUUGCUUUCCUGCUACAAAAGGUUUGGGGCAGCAUGACCCUAAUGAGGGCAGCUUCUCAUACAUGGAGGCGCGUCCUGGCUUCCAUAGUGCAUACCAAGGUGCUCCUGCACAGCCUUCCGGUAUGAGUUACCCUGCCGUCUCAUUCCCGUAUGGAUCGAUGGAGGAGGGAGUGUAUUCUAGUCCUGGAACCUAUCCAGCAAGCUCCAGCCCUACUCCAGGCAUGUCUAGUACGACUUCAUGGGGUGCUGCUCCUGGUUGGGAUCCUGCGGAAGACUCUGUUAACAGCGCGUACAGAACAUCUCAGCCUACAGUUGACAUGGGCCUUUCCCCUCCACCUUUCUUUCAAGCAGGCGAGCUUGACCACUAUAAAUCACACUUAGAGCAUGGUAAUUCGGUAAGGGAAACUGAGGAGCUAGGCUUUCCUGAGCCGCCACCUCUUCCGUAUUCUGGCUUCCAAGCAGGUGAGCUUGACCACUAUGAAGCUAACUUGGAGCACGGUAAUUCGGAAAAGGAAACUGAGGAGCCAGGCUUUCCUGAGCCGCCACCUCUAUCGUAUUCUGGCUUCCAAGCAGGUGAGCUUGACCACUAUGAAGCUAACUUGGAGCAUGGUAAUUCGGAAAAGGAAACUGAGGAGCUAGGCUUUCCUGAGCCACCACCUCUUCCGUAUUCUGGCUUCCAAGCAGGUGAGCUUGACCACUAUGAAGCUAACUUGGAGCACGGUAAUUCGGAAAGGGAAACUGAGGAAACAGGCUUUCCAGAACCACCACCUCCUACUGGCUUCAAGGCUGGCGAUUUGAGUCACUACUCAGCAAUCUUUGAGCAUGGAAAUGAAGAGCGGGAAACGGAACACCAAGGUUCCUUACCAUUUCCUCCUCAUACCUCAGCACCACAGGGAGCUGUAUCAUCUGCUUCCACAACACCAUUUAGACAGAGUGCACGCCGCCUCUUCAUGUCUCGUAGGCUACCUCCUGGCACAUACACCCACUUUCAGUCUGAUUAUCAGCAAGGCCGAGACCGCUUGGAGGAAUCCCGUCAUAAGAAAUCCCACUUCCCCAGUUUUCAAAGUCCAGUCAUCCCCCCUCAAACUCAGCAGCUCCAGGACUAUUCCAAAAUGUAACCAGGAUCCUUUCAAAACAAUUUGCAGCAGAUAAGGGUAAUCUAGUAGCCUCUAUAUUUUGCUCUGUAUUUUGAUGUCUUUGCUCAAGUUGCUGGUGAAAUUUGAAUAAAAUGCUAAAUGAACA